AUGACAAAAUGGCAUUAAAUAUGUAAUUUAGUUAAAAAAAACUUAUUAAUCAGUCAGAGAAACAAGGAGUUCCUGAUUGAAUCAAUUUUACCAAUUAUUGUAGCAUUUAUACUAUCACUGAAAGGUAUGUUAGUAAAUGAUAGAAUUAGUUUAGAUAAAAGGAAUUUAUUAAUUGAUGCCUUUACUUUAUAGCUUGGCAUUGACAUUAACUCAAAGAUCUAUGCUAAUUAAAAUGGUAGAGGAAAAAAGCAAGAAGUAUAAAAAAUAUCAAAAAGUAAUUAAAUGAGUAAUUUUGUGAUUAGAUUAUGGGUAUGAAUGAUAAUUCAUAUCUAAUUGGUUGGAUAAUUACUGGAUAUAUAAAAAUUGGGAUAGUAUAAUAAUGAUUAAUUUUAGUCUUUAUUAGUUUUUGAGUUAUGCUGGUACAUCAGUAAUAUGAUAUUUUAAAUAGAAUGGGAUGAAGAAUUUCAGGUUUCAUUUAUAUCUAUGUUGUUGUCUUACAUUUUAUUUGCAUUUGCAGUAUAUGAGAAUAUAAAUAUUAUAGGCAAUAAAUUAAAAUUUUUUUCUAUCUAGUUUAUUUAAUGAGACUAAAGUUGCAAUUUAAAUGUUAACAUUUAUCUAGAUUGCUUUUACUUUCAAUAUAUAUUUUUCUUUAUUAGAGAAUGUGGCAAAUAAUAUUAUAUUCUAUGUUAUAAUAACAUUAAUAAGUCCAUAAUGUGGAAUAGCCUUUUCUUAUAUUUCAUCAAUGAAUAGUUAAAACGUAAACAAUAUAUCAAGAAUUUAUGAAUUUCCUUUUAAAAUCAUAAGUAAUACUUAUUCAGUAUAGAUUGCUGGAUUAUAAUUAGGAGUAUAAUUGAUUAUAUAUUUUUUAUUGUUCUUAUAUUGCGAAUAAGUUAUUCCUACUGAGAAUGGAAUAGCAAAACAUCCUUUGUUUAUUUUUGGAAUAUAAUAAAAAAAUAGAGUAUAAGUUAUGGUUAAUAAUGAAGCAAGAUUGAAUGUAAAUAACAGUGAAACUUUUUAAAGUUCUGCAAUAUAUGCAGAAGAUAACAAAAUGAAUGAAUAACCAAGUAUAAUAAUCUAAAAUCUAUUAAAAAAAUUUGGAGAGCUAAAUGCUAUAAAUAAUCUAAGUCUUUAAUUUUAUGAAUAAUAAAUUUUUUGUUUGCUUGGACAUAAUGGAGCAGGUAAAAGUACUACAAUAAAUUUAUUAUCAGGGAUGAUUCAAAAAACAUCAGGAUAAAUAAUUAUGUAUGGAAUGAAUUUAGAUAAUUAAUUAUCAGAAAUUAGAUAAUUAUAAGGGUUAUUCAUUUAAAAGGAUUGUUUAUAUAAUGAUUUAACAGUGAAAGAACAUUUACAAUAUAUAAGUGGAAUUAAAGGUAGAAUAAACAAAGAAGAAAUGAUUCUAAUAAUGAAGUAAACUGAAUUAAUAGAUGAAUAAAAUAAAAAAGUAAAAGAAUUAUCAGGAGGUUCAAAAAGAAAAUUAUCUAUAGCAAUGACUUUGGUAGGAGAUUCUAAAAUAAUAUUAUUAGAUGAACCUACAUCAGGAUUGGAUACAUAUACAAAAAGAUCAAUAUGGGAUAUAUUGAAAAGAAUAAAAGAAAAUAAAAGAACAAUUAUUUUAACCACUCAUCAUCUUGAAGAAGUAGAAAUACUUGCUAAUAGAAUUGGAAUCAUGUCACAAGGUUAAUUAUUAGCAGUAGGGUCUUUAGACUAUAUAAAAAGAAAAUUUGGGGUAGGUUACAAUUUAAAAUUAUCUUUUGAAAAUUUAAAUAUAAGAAAUCUAAUUAUAGAAAAUGUUUAAAAAAAAAUUCCGAAUUGCUUUUUAGAAACUAAGUAUUCUAAUAAUAAUAAACUUGUAUUUAACAUUCCAUUUUCUUUAAAAGGUAAAUUAAGUGACUUAUUUUAUAAAUUGGAAGCUUUAGAUGUCUAGAUAGGAUUAGAGAUGAAAACUUUAGAAGAUGUAUAUGUAAAGAUAGAAUUUGAAGAUGAUAUAAAAAUAGGAAUAUAUGAUAGUCAAUUAAAUGAUGUUAGGAAUAGUGAAUUAAAAAUUAUAGAAUUAAAUAAUGAAGAACAAAAAGAAUUUUAAAAAUAGUAUUAAGAUAUUAUUGAAAAAGAUGAAAUUACUGAUAUUAACAAUCAAGUCUAAUUAUUUCAAGAUGAAAAAUCUUUAUUUUUAGAUGUACCAUAAUGUUUAUAGAAUAAAUCUACUUAUAAACUGGCUUCACAAAUAUUAGCAAUUUUCUUACGAAGAUAUUAUACGUUUAUAAGAACAAAUGAUAAUUACUUUUCUAUUAUUAUUGCUAUGCAAACUUUUAUUUUAGGAAUAUCUUUAGUAGCUGGGAUUAAUUUUGACCCAAAUAUAUACAUUAAGAAUUAUGAAGAAAUUGUUGAAUUUUACAAGAUUUCAUAAAUAGCUAGUUUUAGUAUUUUAGCAUUUUGUAUUAAUGCAACAAUCUACAUAUCAUAACCAGUCUUAGAAAAAGAAACUUAUUUAAAAUAAAUAUUAAUUGGUAUGGGAUGUAGAUCAUUCACUUAUUGGUUUGGUACUUUUAUUUUUGACUAUUUAAUUUAUAUCUGUUUUGUAGCAUUCUUUUAUAUCAUUUCAGCUAUAUUUAAAUUAGAUAUCGCUUUUAAAUAUUUGUAAACAGGAUUAUCAUGUUAUAUACUCUUUGGUUUCAAUUAUAUUCUCUUCGCUUAUCUGAUGGGAUAUUUAUAUAAGUCAUUUAAAAAAGCAUUAAAAUUUUAUUCAAUAUUUUGUUUCUUUGCUCAUAUUGUUCUACCAUAUAUUUUGAUUACUUUUUUAGACUACUUUUAUCAAAAAUUCAAUAAUUAAAUAGCCUUUAUCUUAAUAUAUAUAAUUUAAUUGCUAUUCUUAUUAGUUUCUCCAUUUUAUACCUUUUUCGAAGCAUUAAAAUUUUUAUCCGAUAAUUUAGACUAAAUAUAUGAAUCUUAUCUUUACUCAACUCCUUAAUUAAUUUAAAGAACCUAUAUAUUCUAAUUAUUUAUGUUAGGAUAAAUAAUUAUUCAAAUUUACAUACUUUAUUUGAUAGAAUAAAAAGGCUUUUCAUAAUCAUAAGGUAAUUAUAAUACGUAAUUAAUUUAAACUGAUCAAUUAGAAUAAGAAGUUAUUGAUGAAAAAAUAAGAAUAGAAAACUCUAAUAAAUAAGAUCCAAUAGUUUGCAAGAAUUUAGAAAAAGAAUAUAUAUAAAAUAAACCAACAUUAUAAUAAUUAACUUUCGGUGUAAAGAAAGGAGAGAUAUUUGGAAUUGUUGGUCCCAAUGGAUCAGGAAAAUCUACACUGAUGAAUAUUUUUACUGGAAUCAAUUCUCCUUCAAAAGGGCUGAUUCUAAUUAAUGGAGUUGAACUUAAUCAAAGAAAUAAAAAAAUUAUGUAACAUGUAGGAAUUUGUCCAUAAUUCAAUUGUCUUUGGUAAAAUUUAACACCUUUAGAACAUUUAUAACUUUUUGGAAGAAUUAAAGGGUUAUCAGGUAAAGAUCUAAAAUCAACUGUUAAAUAUUUUAUAAAAACUAUGUAAUUAGAUUAAUUUUCUAAUACAAAAGUUGGACAAUUACGAGGAGAAAAUAAGAGAAAACUUUGUAUUGCAGAUGCUUUAAUAGGGGGAAGUGAUAUUAUAUUUUUGGAUGAACCAAGUAAAGGAAUUGAUCCUAUUUCUAGGAGAUUUCUUUUCAAUAUAAUUUUAAGAAAUAUUUCAAUUAGAAAUUGUUCAGUUAUUAUGACUACUAACACUAUUGAAGAAGCUGAAAGUUUUAGUCAUAGAAUGGGAAUUAUGAUAGCUGGUUAAUUUAAAUGUUUAGGAUCUCCAUAGUAUCUUAGAUAGUAUAAUAUUAUUAAUAAAUUUAGAAAAUAUAGUAAAGGAUAUCAGAUACAGAUUAAACAUAAUAAUCUGAAUUCUGAUUAGAUUUAAGAAAUAGCUAUGAUUGUUGUUAAAAUGUUUCCAAAAUCAUCAAGAAUGGAAGAUAAAAGAACUGGAUUUAUAAUAUUUUAGUUUGAAGAUGAAGAAUUCAGUUUUUUUAAAACAUAUUAAUUUUUUGAAAAACUAAUAAAUGAAAAAAUAAUUGAAGAUUUUCAAAUUACUUAAAAGUAAAUAAAUAAUUUACUAUUAAUUAGUUCACUUGAAAAUAAAUUUAUUCAUUUGAGUAAGAUUUAAUAAGAGAUUAAUAAAAUACAGCGCUUAAUAUUUGAUUGA